AUGGACCCAGCUGCAUACCGAUCAUGGACUGCUGCUUUAAAAGACCGUAUACCUGCACCGGCUCCCAUCCCAGGAGGACCAAUCCAGCAAGCUUCCGACGAACCAGUGCAAGACUCCGAUAAAUCCAUGCCCCCCGAUACUAGCUGGACCGUCUAUAGUUCAAGCGUGACCCGUGGCAAUUUCAACAAGGAGGGCGAUAAUAAUCCUCGCAUGUCUGCUGGAUGGCACUCUCCCGGCAAAGAUACUAAACUGAAAGAGCUGGAAGAGAAGCUUUCGAAGCCUUGGCUGGCGCGUGGUGAUCCUUGGGCCGGACCUCCUGUUUGGGAUGCACCGAAGGAAAAUGAAGCGGCAGCUGAUGAUCAAAGUACUCGACCUGCAAAUCAUGCGGCAGAAUUAUAUCCACAUCCACAUUUGUACCUCCCUCAUCCAAGUUUGAAUCUGGAGUUUCGCAUGUCUGUUACUCUCAAUCCUCGAAUUUCUUUAGGUCCUACUCCUUUUGGUCAUCGAAACUCUACAACCCUUAUCUGGGACUGCCAUCUCGAUUUCACAGAAUCUUUACUAAAACGUCUAGGGAUUUCCUUCACCGGCGGUAAAUGGUCCGGUUCAUGGGGUUCUGGAAAAGUCCUCCCCGGUGGACAAGAUAGCCAGAUCAUCAUACCAGACGGAUCAGCGCGCCUUGAGACAAAUUAUCUCCUGGAAACAUAUGACAACCCUCCCGCACAUAUUGCCAUCAAGACACAUGGUUGGCGCACUGGCCCACCGGAAGUAUUGGCCCAACUUUCUGAUCCGGAAUUGGCGGACAAAGUUGAUCCGGACAGUUAUAAGUUUCGGCUGUUUAUUGAGAUGGAGACGGGUGAUGAGAGGUAUAGAGAUAAGGUUAAUUGCGGCAUGUGGGUUGGGAGUGGGAUGAGAAAGGGCGCGGAGGUUAUAUAUGAGUGA